GUGGAGGCAUAAAGCACAGCAGGAGUCAACGCCGAUAGAUUUGUAGGCUUACAAAUGUUCAAUGCAAAGCAAGACUCUUCAGUAUAACUUAAUAAGUUGCUUGCAAAGUUUUCUAAAAUAUGGAACUAUUCAAGCCCAGGAAGAUUCACUGUCGCAUCAGCAUCUUUAGUCCACUCAUUUACUUUUGGCAUCUCUUCAGCUUCACCCGGAGCUACAAUUUGGAUACGGACCACUUUCUUAAUUUCACUGGCUCUAGCGGUUCAAUAUUUGGAUAUUCGGUUUUGCUUCACAAACAUGAAAACGAGACAUGGAUGUUGGUGGGAGCACCGGUUGCAAACUCCAGUUUUGACCUGGGCGCCAGAAGUCCGGGCGCAAUUUUUAAGUGCAAAAUCACCGAUGAGUCGUCCUGUGAGGAGAUUCGUAUGGGCAUGCAAAAUCACAGGAGUUGUGGGAAAUACUGCAAUUCUGAAACCGACAAUCAGUGGCUUGGCGUGAGCAUGUCCAGACAGCAGGCUGAUGGAAGCAUAUUGGUCUGUGGACAUCGUUGGAAAAAUAUCUAUUCCUCAAAAAAAUUGCCACAUGGUUUGUGCUACAAAUUGGAGGCAAAUCUGAUGCACUCAGAGCAGUUUAUCCCUUGCUACAAUGAUCGCAGGAGAAGCCAGGAUGAUGAAUAUGAAUUCUGCCAAGCUGGAAUAUCCAAUUUUAUGAUGGAGGGCUUGAUUGUUAUGGGCACCCCUGGGGCUGCUCACUGGGCUGGCUCUGUUUUGGUCUACAACACAUCAAAAGAUAAUCUACCGGUGUUCUAUAAAGAAGAGAGCUCUGUGCAUGCUGGAAGCUAUUUAGGAUACUCUGUUGGGGCAGGCCACUUCAGUCACCCAAACAGAACAGACGUGGUGGGAGGGGCACCGCAGAGUGAGCAGAUUGGUAAAGUGUGGAUAUUCAAAAUUGAAUCUAAAAAUCUACAAAUCAUCUUUGAAGCCCCAGGCAAGAAGCUGGGCUCUUAUUUUGGCGCAGCCGUCUGUGCAGUUGACCUGAAUUCAGACGGGCUCUCUGACCUGCUAGUGGGAGCUCCCAUGUACAGCACUGUACGGGAAGAAGGACGCGUGCACAUCUACAUGAACAAUGGAGCUGCUAAUAUGUUGGAAGAAGAGUUUGUAUUGAUGGGUAGUGACACCUAUGCAGCAAGGUUUGGAGAAGCCAUCACAAAUCUUGGAGAUAUUGAUGACGAUGGCUACCCAGAUGUGGCAGUUGGGGCACCACAGGAGGACGAUCUGCGAGGGGCUAUUUAUAUCUACAACGGGAGGAGGAGAGGGAUCACGCAGACUUUCUCCCAACGCAUCACUGGGGCCAUGCUGGGUAAUGCCUUCAAGAUGUUUGGUCAGUCUGUGUCUGGAGGCAUCGACGUGGAUGGAAAUGGCUACCCAGAUAUUGCAGUCGGGGCCUUUCUGUCCGAUUCAGCAGUGAUACUCAGGACACGAGCUGUGGUCGUUGUGGAGGCCUUCAUAAUUCUGCCUGUCAGCGUGAACCGCAGCCAGCCUCUGUGCUCUGAGAAUGGCCAGCCUGCCGUCUGUGUCAAUAUCAGUGUGUGCUUCAAGGUGCAAGGUCGACGGAUAUCUGGAAAAAUAGGACUGCUGUAUGUCCUCACUGCAGACGUGACUCACUUGCAGGCCUUUCCCUAUCGAUUCUACUUCACUGGGAACGGGACGUCCAACACAACGACCGGGCGGGUCAAGGUCAAGCCAGAGAACCUAACCUGCGUCACUCACACAGCCUUCAUGAGGCGAGAUGUCCGAGAUAUAUUCACCCCAAUCCAGUUUGAGCUGAAAUAUGAGCUGGGAGAGCACAGUCCUCCUGAGGAGGUGACCGGGAGCUUCCCCCCUCUCAAACCGGUCCAGCAGAGGAGGGAGGACAGUAAUCAGGUUGCCAACCAGACAGAAUUUGCCCGAUACUGUGCCUGGGUCAACUGUUCAACGAACCUGCAGGUUUCUGCAAGCCUGGUGUUGCCACAGUCCCACAAAAAUGUGCAGUACUUUGCGCUGGGGGAGAAGAAGACGGUCAUGUUGAACGUGACUCUGGUCAACAGCGGUGAUGACGCCUUCCUCCCCAGGAUUUACCUGAGGUUCCCCAGCAACCUGUUCUUUAUCAAAGUUCUUGAUGCGGAGCUGAAGUAUGUGAGCUGUGAACUCACCAAGGAAGACAAAGCCUUCACAGGGCUGGACUGCAGUGUGGGGAACCUGUUUAUUACCUCUCUGGAAAAGCACACUGUCAGCUUUCUGCUGGAUGUUAAUCAGAGCAGCAAUGCAGGAGACCUCAAUAUCACAGUCAACGCUACCUGUCGGAGUUCUGAAAAUGAAGACCUUCUCCAUGAUAACUUUGCCAGACUGAUGUUACCUUUGAGAUAUGGUGUCAACCUUACUACCCAUGGAUUUGUUACCCCAUCUACAUUCAUUUUUGGACAUAAGCCAAGCAGUGUUGGAUUUACAGAGAAGUUCAAUUUUACCUUCAAGGUUGUGAAUGUUGGGCCGAGCAAAGCUCUAGGAGCCAAAGUUGAAAUGGAUAUCCCCAGACAUAUGGUACCAUACCAACACAUAUUACUCAACAUUUUGCAUGUAAAGACGUCUCUUGGGAGCUGUGACAUUAAAAAUUCCACCAAUAUAACUGACGAUUAUUAUCAAAUGACAAAACCUUUCAUCUUUGAAUACCUGGUAUUCCCCCCUUUUGAACAAAGGCAAAGGCAUAUGUACUGCAUGAAGAACGACCAAAUGUGCUUGUACAUCACGUGCAUGUUAGGAGACAUGGACGUGGGGAAAGAGGCCAAUGUGCUGGUGGCAGUGGAGAUGAACCCCACGGUGCUGCAGGACUACCCAGGAAAGAUCGCUGUUACGAUAGAGAGCGCAGCUAUUGCAUCACCAAUGAAAGACCUGCAUGUCCUGGACUUACAGGAAGAGAAGGCUGCCUGUGUUUUUCUGAGGGGCCAUAGUGGCCAGAUGUCAGUUCAUGACAGAGCUGUCAUCCUGGUAACGAGUCUGUUCACCGGGGGUGCAACACUGGCAUUUCUUGUAAUCUGCCUCAAGAAGGUUGGUUUCUUUAACAGGAAGAUAAUAUUGAUGCAAGCCAGCUUGCUCGAUGAACCUCAGGACACGGGUGAAGGAUAUGAAUUUUGACAAUGAAGAAACACAUUCAAAGUAUUUAUAGAAAUUCAAUGUAAGAUGAAGUCUGCUGCACCUUGGCUGUCCUAGCAGGGGCUGAAUGACCAUGGAUGUCUUCACUGUGGGAGGAAGGAGCACAAUGAUAGCUAAGAAAAGAAUUUUCUAUCUGUAAUUUAGCUUCUUCACCUGGAGACAUAUUUCAGCAAGACCAACAUUGCAGAUUUUGCCCUGUUGGAUCGAAAUGCAAAAUCCAUUUUCAAAAAAGAAUACAAGGCGGCAGUGGGCCCUUUGGCUGUUGUCAUACAAUGAAAAAAAUCAUUAUAUUAGACAUUACAUUAGGUUUCCAAAAUGUGUAGACUGUGUUUGCAAAAUGAUAAUUUAAUGAAAUUUUUUUUAGCAUAAAGCUUGAAAGUUAAUUACUUGAAAACAUUUUUUACAGUUUUACAGUAUUUAUUCUCAAAGUGCCAGUAGAAAAGCCUUAGUUGGAUUAAGUUCCUAUCUUAAAUGCAUUGGCUGCAGUACGGACCAAAUGCACUUUACUGUAAAUGACUGAGCUUGAAAAUGUUGUACUGUAUGUGAAUUUUACAUGUUUUUGCUUCAUAAAAUGUCAGUAUGGGGUUUAAGCAGGGUGGGUUCUAUAUGGGGUAUUGAAAGUGCCUUCCCUUUGCACUUUGAUGGUGCAAAUAUAUAUUGUUUCUUCUUAAUCCUUUUUUUUAAUUGAAAAACUUAAAUGUAUUAUUUACAAAAAUCAUUUGCAUCUUCUUUUCCACCCCCAUGUCAGUACUAAGCAAAUACACCUUUGGUAGCAAUUA